AUGUCAGGAAAAAUUCACACAACGGAUUUAAAAUCCGCCAUUGUUGCACAAUCCGAUGACGAGUUGUUUGUUUUCCUACUGGCGGUAUUAAUAGUUGCAUUUGAAUAUUUAGUUGUACCUAUACAAAAUUUAGGAUUUCAAUGUAAGGAUCCAAAUUUAUCACAUCCAUUUAAUGGAGAUACAAUAACGAUCACGUACUUAUUUGUCGUAUCAAUCGGAGUACCUUUGAUAGCAAUUUUAUUAAUCGAAUCCAUUGCAAUUAAUUCAACGGAACAAACAUAUUUUCCAAUGAUAAAAAAAAUGAAUCCUUUUAAAAAAUCACAAUAUUGGUAUAAAAAAUAUUAUUCUGGUCUUUUUUUUCUUAUUUUAUUAAUACAAGCAUCAAAAUGUUUAAUAGCAGCACCUAGACCGCAUUUUUUCGACACCUGUAAACCAGAUAAAGCAAUUAAUUGCACAACAGAAUUUUUUUUUGAAUACAAAUGUACAAAUAUAAAUAUACCAAAACAAAUGAUGUAUGAUUCACUUCGUUCAUUUCCAUCCGGGCAUGCAGCUAUGGGAAUGUAUAUGGCAUUAUUUAUGAUUUGGUUUUUACAAAUAAAAAUUCCACGUCGUCAUCAAAUAACGGUUGCAUUUUUUCAAUGCAUAUUUUUUUCAUGGGGACUCUUUUGCGGUUUAAGCCGUCUUACGGAUCGCCGACAUCACUGGUGGGACAUACUCGGUGGUUCGAUAUUAGGUUUAUGUGUCGCUGCCUUUUUGAUAAGGUUCUCGAGUAGAAAUAUAUCCUCGGAUGAAAAAAAAUUACACAAACCGGAUAAAAAUUUAAACGAUACCGGAGAUAUUAAUCACGCAUGGAAUAAAAAAUUAUUAUCAUCGGUGACGAGUUGUAGUCAAAAUUCAGAUGAAAGAGAAUUGCGUGAAGUUAAAUGA